AUGUGUGACCGUCAUUUAUUAGUAUAUUUACUAGCACAUGCGUAGAUCGUAAGUCACCUGACAGAUUCUGACCAAUCAAAUAUUCAGUUUAUUGGCGCUGAAUAUUGUUUUACCGCGAAAAGCAAGCAUGGAAGUAAUGUGACAAGUUAUGUCGGUUUGUUCGUGUAUAACGUUUGUAUAUUUAAUUUACACGUCAUAAUCUUCAACAAUGCUUGUCACAAAAGCAAACGAGGAAAUGAAAUUAACGAAUAUACUCUCUGUUUUGCGAUCACCUGAUUGCACGACAAAAGCGAGAUUAGAAACAUACACCACAUUCUCAGAUAAACUGAAAAUGGAGACUAACGACCUGGCUUUUGUCCAAGAUGUUGCCAAGAGUAGCAAACAGGUGAUCUCAUUGAUACAGUCGGAUAUUAUGGGAUCUUCAUCAGAACUUACUGAGAGUGCAUUACAAGUGCUAGGGCUCUGCCUACAGAAUCAAACCAUUAUCAGUUCCAUGGGAUUAAAAGACAGCAAUGAAGUAAUACGAAAUCUCUGCCACUGUGCACUGGAAACAGAAGAUAAAGUGGUUUGCACCCGUGCCCUUUGGUGUUUAGCUAAUCAAGUCCUACAACCAGAUAUUGUCUGCAACCAAAUAAAUCCUAUCUUGGAUGCCUUAGAACAUUCAUUCUCAAAGCCACUCUCUCAGUCUGUAUUGGUCGAACACGAAGCUGUCAAUUUAGUUGUAAGGUUGCUACAGCAAGUUCCAAAAAAGAUGAAUGAGAAAGCUAUUAACUGGAGCCAUCAUGUGUAUUCCUUAUUGGGACAUGGAGCUAUUAGAAUUCGUGAGAAAGCUCUUCAAGCCCUCAGCAUAGCCCUGCCAGCCCUUCUUGUCAAUCCAAAUGGUUUAGUUGCUUCAAUGGUUGCCGAUGUCAAAACAAAAAUGGCUUCUGAAUUGAAAAAGCUAUUUCAGAGCAGAAAUGAAGUAUACGUCUUGAGAGUAUGGAGUCUGCUGGUUCAGUUAUUAGGAACGGAAUUACAUUGCGUCUUCAUCAACCAACUCCUUCCAAUUGUAGAGCUUGGCUUUAAGAGCCCUAACCCAAAUAUCAAAUAUGAAGCUUUUAGUGCCUGGAAAUACCUUAUUGAAAAUUUUGCUUCAAACCCUGCCAUUAUUGGGGACCAGAAGCGCAUCAAACUUUUGAUGCAAGUCUUCAAAAUUAACAAUGCCAAAACUGAGAACGUGGCCUUAAAGAAACUGGAAGUUUGGUGGUAUUUUGUCAGAAAGUUGGACACCAAACUGUUGGGUAAUUUUGAUAUGGUUUGUACUCCUUUAUUACGCUUUUGUGUUGGUGGAAAGUGGACCCAAGGAGCUCGUAACACACCUACACUAAGUUCAGUUAGUAGCAGCAUCUCCCUUCCCAGUCAGGGAACUUUGUGGCCAUCUUUUCCCUCUCUCCAACUGAAAGGGUUGGAGGCUAUAGCACAUCUUCUGCAGCUUCCUCCAGCACAUGUUGAUUACCCCACUAUAAAAUUUGAUCUUGAACCUUUGAAUUCUAACAUUAUAAUGGGACCAGCACUAUUUCUUAAACAAUGCAGUGUUAUUGCCUAUAGUUUAGUGGAAUUGGUAUGUUCUGCAGAUGCACCAGAUGAUCUCGUCGUUUAUAUUUGGUCGCUGUUUGUGGAACACCUAAAACUUGGUCUGGAAGCUGGCCUCAAAACCGACACCAGGGAUGCCCUAUCUUCUUUUCUCUGUGACUUUUCAACUCUAAUUCUCAGUCGACCAGCACCUUAUUCAGUCAAAUAUAAAUUAUUCCUUGCUGUUACCAAACUCCCCAAAAAGAUACUUUGUUCAACAGCCUAUAACAUUAGCAGUGGAGAAAAAAUCCAUGGUACUCCAGCUCUGUUUUUAACUGAACUCUUACUGACGCCAUCAAUGCUAAAGGAAGGAGUUUCUCAAGAGAAGUACACAGAAAAUUACCUGACAUUAUUUGUGAGUAUGAUUGAGCUGGGAAUGGCCAAUCCAUCUGGAGUUCUUGAAUACUGUCAGGCUGUGAUUCAAAUCCUAGAUCUUCAUGCUACCUAUGUUGAACAGAAAGAGCAGCUGUGGCGUUUGUGGUCUUGCUUAGUUAAUCCUCUCUUGGACUACAUUUCAAAGAACAAUGAGAUUAAUCAAGGAGAUGCUUUAGAACACAACUUCACCUGUCUUUAUCGUUCAUUAUUUUUUCCUGUCAAAUGGUUGUUUGGCAACCAGUUAUUUGCUACUGUCAACAAGACCCUGAUGAAGACCUGGUCAAACAUCUAUCGGACAUUCGCUAAUCUUGCUGCCCUUGUUGUCAAUGCUGCUCCUAAUGUCACCUGUGAACAUUUGAGCCACCUCAUUGUGACGGACCUUCACUUGCCUACUGGUAGUCAGAAACUAAAGACUGACACCUUGUUUCUUGAGCAACUAACUAUGAUUUGUGGAACCUUGCUAAGUUUUGUGGAUUUUUCCCCUCACAGCCGAAAUACUUCUUUUGCUCUUGGCAGUCCUGGAAAAUGGGGUGGCAAACGAAAGCAGAAUCCUUUGAAAAAUCUGAAUUCUGUUAUUGAUUUGGUUGUGCUUGUCACCAAUUCUGUCUUUGAGCAGAUCAACAGAGAAGAAUAUGAAAGUAGUGUUGACAAACAGACUGUAAAUUUUGCUUCACUCCAAUCAGCUGCCCGACACCUUAUUGGAAUCAUGACUACUCUGUUCUCGGAAAUAACCUCUCCAAAUUCAGUUCCUUUACUCUUAGAAAAAACUUCCAAGGCUGUUAGCAGCUUGUUUGUUCUUGCUAAAGCCACUUAUAAAGUAUUUCCUUCAAGCUCACUCCCAAAGCAUGACAAAUUAUGGCAAGAUGUUAUCAACAGUAUACAGAAUACCUAUAAAGGUAUGUAUGAUACAGACUUUCUGAAUGUUUUGGCACCACUACUGGAAGUAAACUUUCUUCACCCACGGAGAUUCAUCAAAAAUCAAACAGUUCAGUUAUGGAAGGCCACUUUCAGCCAAACUCCUUCACUAGCUUAUACAGAUUCUCUACGUCGUGCUUUAGCCAAAGUGAAAGAGAAAAUGGUAAUCAGAUUGCCAGGCUGGAUAAGCACAGAAAUUCAUGUGAUUGAAGAAACACCUACCAGUCAGUAUAGUCAGGCAAGUUCCCAGGUAUCUGACGAAGUUGUUCCUGCUCCGGUCUCUCCAAAUAAAAUGCAUGGGAGUCUGUUAAAGAAUAUCCCUUCUCCGAAAAAACCAAGUAUUCUUUGUAAACACAAGCCUGUAGCCAGUGUGAUAAAAAGGUUAUCAAUUGGUGAUAUGAAAGAUCAGGAUUUUGUGGUUAUUGAACCUCCUCAGAAUAAAAGACGAAUCCUUACUCAACACCAGAAGGAAGUCCUGAAAGAGAGAAAGUAUUGUCUUCCUGCCAUGUAUAACAGCCUUGACCAGUCUCAAGAUUCCAUGUAUUCAAAUCACAUGAUCACUUCACCAGUCAUGAGUUUCAGUUCUGACGAGACUUCAUCUCAGUAUAAUUUGAUUGCUACAAAUAAAUCAAAUCAAGAAAACUAUGGCAAGUCCACUAAGAGGGUUACAUUUGCUAAAGACACGAAACUCCCUGAACUGUCCCCUGCAGUUAGCUGUGAAAAAGUCCCUGAAUGUGCUGAAAAACCCCAAAACAUUGGAGUGAAAUUAGAACCAUACACUAAAAUACAACCAUCUUCAAGCCCUGCUAAAACCAAGCUCACCAAAAACAAAGAACCAGUCAGUAUCAAACCUGGAAAAACGUCAAAGAAUGUUUCAGAAGAUCAGCCAACAUCUCUACAGAAUUGGCUUUGCACUAGUCAGUCUUUGAAGGUUCCUUCUGUUCCUCUUCUCAUGGAGCCUCAUGUAACCUCAAUUGUUGCUCAAGACUCUCUUACAAAUGAUAGUUUGUUGGCCGAACAAGGCCAGCCUUCAGACAGACCAGUGCAAAGUAACUUAUUUGUUGAAGAAACUCAGUCCCCAAUCAAGAUGUGCUCUGACCAUCAGUCUACAGGUGAAUCUGUCUUGGAAACACCUGUCAAAACUUUGACAAGAGAAGUUAACACUAGCGUCAAUAUCAGGCGAUUGUCCUUUGAUCUUGCAGAGAAUGCUGAUUCUAACAGUGCCAUUAGCUCUUCUGGUGGUUUUGAAUUGAAAGAGGCAAGUGAGGUUGAACUUGCCACAAAGGAGGAGCAAUUGGAAGUAAUUCCUAAGCAAAAUAAUUCCAAAGAUAUUUCAAAUAAAAAGACUUCUGGAAAGGCUGUUUGCCAAAGUGAAUUAUUUCUACCAAGCGAAAGUGAGAGUAUUCCUGACUCUGAAAAUGUGAUACCUAAUCAAAAUACGGCUGCUAUAUCACAGAAACGAAAAUUAGAUUCAAAUGAAAGAAUAUCAGAAAUCAAGAAACCAAAUUUGGAAAAAAAUAUUUCUGUUAAUGUCCAGAAUGAUAAUAACCAGGUUGUUUGUGACAAGGACAAAAUAACUGAUCGCCCUUGUGGUACUAUUAGUCCUUCCAAACAGCUUCACAAAGCAGAUGUUUUACCAGUGUCUAAACCUAUUACAGGAUCUCGUAAAAGGAAACCAUUGAAGGUUACUAAAAUUGUCCAAAAUACUGAUCGUCGAAUCUCACCUGUUAGGACACGCUCAUGCGUAAAGAUUCUUCGUGCACGAAAAAAAGCGACUCAAAACUCAGAAAAUCCUGCAAAUAAAUCCACUUCCAGAAGGAAAAUUGGAAAAGAAACCAAAGCUCGAAAAGUUCUGAAUGUGUCUGAAAAAGCCAAGAGCCCGGCACACAAACAAAAUAGUAAUGUAAAGAAACUGACAUAUGUUGAGAAAAAUGCGAAAGACAGCAUGAAAAUUUCUGAAACUCAAGAUAAAACCUACUGUGAAACUAUUACUGCUGUGGACAAUGGUGAUUCCAUUAAUAGUUGUCCUUUUGGAGAAACGGAAAGGUUCUCUUGUGACCAGGAAAUGCCAACUGUUGUUGAGCAGGGAAAAAAUGCUGUGUCAGGUGUGAUUGAAGAGGAAGCUGAAUCAGUUAAAUCAGAUGUUGUUGAGCCUGAGCAUAAAAGAGACAGCUUUGACUCAGAUUUAGGUGAUGAAGUUGAAUUAAAUUUAGAAGAGAGAAAGGAGUUGGAUUUAGUUCAAGAAGAAAAAAGAAAGAUCAAACAAGAUAAACAGGAUGUUGAGCCAGAUUUGACUGAGGAAGAGGAACUAAAACUAGACAAUGUUGUGGAGGGUGCACAGUCAGUCACAGUGAAGUCUAAUGCUUCAGAGAUCAUGAUGGCUGAUGAAGGUUCAAGCCUAACAGCAAUAUCUGAAAAGUUUGAGGGAGAUGAUGAUGAUAAUUGUGGGGGCCUGAAGCAGGAUUCACAAAAUGAGACCCAAAGUGAUGCCAGUCCAUCAAUGACUGUUUGUGAAACUGAGAGCUCAGUGCUUCAGCCAGCAGCUAUUGUGGAUUCUGAAGUAAAUGAGAACUUUGUAGACCAAGAAUCCGAGAAUAAACCUGUUUUGUCCAAAGUGGUUGAUACACCAAAGAAAUCUCUUCGGUUACGUUCUGGUAAUCGAGGAUUUCCAUCCAAGUUUUCUGAUAGUUUUGUUUAUGGUAUUAAGGUUUCAAACUGCUCUAUGUCUGGUGCCAAAAAAAGUGCAACUCCAAAGUCUGUGAUGAAAACUUCUCCAAAUCAUGGGAACACAAAUGUUGAUGGUGAUGAUUACACCUCUGCUACAACAGACAUUUUUUCCUCUGAAAAGCAGUUCUUAUCCUCCUCACUCUGUGAUACUCCUGAAAGUUGUCCUUCUGCUACCUGUUCCCCUUCAUCUGUUUAUUCACCAACAACAGGUAUUCUAAAGAAGAGACUACAGAAUAAUGGUGAAACACCAUCACCACCAAAUAAGCAACGAAGAGUGUCGUUUGCUGAUCCAAUAUUUGAGGAGAAAACUCUACCAUCCCCCAUGUCACAAAAGAGGCGGCUCACACCUUGCAGUUCCAGAUCAUCACGCCGUAGUCUUCUUUCCAAUUACAAGAAAAGAGAUUCUAUCUCUAACAGCAUCUCUGGCAGCAACAACAGCCCUGGUAGUUCUCAGAGUAGCUACAGCAGCACCCAAGAAUCUCAACUCAGUAGCACUGGACCAGUAUUUGCAGAGCUUGUAUCAUGUCAAGAACCUAUCAGCCUGAUUCUUCCACAGCUUACUUCCUCCAUGUGGUUUCGUGGUCUGAGUCAACUUCUUAAAGCAAGAAAGCUCCAUACUGUUGGUGAUUUAGCUUCACUUUCUGAAUAUGAUAUCCAUAAUUUACCUGUGAGAUCUCCUAAAGUACCUCAUGUGAAGAAAAUCCUGGCUAACUUUAAGAAACAGCUCGAUACUAAAAAGGACAAGGCUUCUUGCAGUCUCCUGAACACAUCUGCUGGUGAAAUAAUGGCUGCUGCAAUGGCAGCUGCCUCCACUGCUGUUGUCUCAGACUUGAAGAAUGAUCCAUCGAAAGGAAAUUGCAAUUCAGUUGAUGGCAAGAAUGUCCCAAGCAAUGAAAUGAAAUCAUUGGAACUUGAAAAUCCAGUUGGCCAAGUUCUCUCCUCUGAAGCAGAAGAGAAGACCAUAGCUACUCCAGCUGCACAAACCGUUGUAGAUAGAGAAUCUUCCUUGCUUGAAACCACAUCCACUGAGCCACAAGAGAAAACCAAAGCUCAAUCUGCUGAGGUAGAAGAUAAAACCACAGAGCCAUCUGCUGAGGCACAAGAUAAAACCACAGAGCCAUCUGCUGAGGCACAAGAUAAAACCACAGAGCCAUCUGCUGAGCUGCAAGAUAAAACGAAAGCUCAAUCUGCUGAGCCACAAGAGAAAAUCAAAGCUCAAUCUGCUGAGGCACAAGAUAAAACUACAGAGCCAUCUGCUGAGGCACAAGAUAAAACUACAGAGCCAUCUGCUGAGGCACAAGAUAAAACCACAGAGCCAUCUGCUGAGCUGCAAGAUAAAAUGAAAGCUCAAUCUGCUGAGGCACAAGAUAAAACUACAGAGCCAUCUGCUGAGGCACAAGAUAAAACUACAGAGCCAUCUGCUGAGGCACAAGAUAAAACCACAGAGCCAUCUGCUGAGCUGCAAGAUAAAAUGAAAGCUCAAUCUGCUGAGCCGCAAGAUAAAAUCAAAGCUCAAUCUGCUGAGGCACAAGAUAAAACCAAGGCUCAAUCUGCUGAGGCACAAGAUAAAACCAAGGCUCAAUCUGCUGAGGCACAAGAUAAAACCAAGGCUCAAUCUGCUGAGGCACAAGAUAAAACCAAGGCUCAAUCUGCUGAGGCACAAGAUAAAACUACAGAGCCAUCUGCUGAGCUGCAAGAUAAAACCAAAGCUCAAUCUGCUGAGCCACAAGAGAAAUGCACAGAAGUAAAGACCUCUGCUCCAUCCUCUGAUGCUGGAGAGAAAACUGGAGGCCCAUCCUUUGUAGCAGCACAAAUUAAUGAAGAAAAAGAAUCUUUCUUGCAAGAAAUGCCAGAACUUGACUCACCACAUUCUUCAAUAAAGUUAGACAUUGAAGAAGCUAGUGUAUUGCAGAAUGAGAAAGAAGAGAAAGAAGUUUCUGCCACCAUCACCACCACUACUACUACCACCGUCCACCAAAGAGCACCAACUCCAGAUUCCGAAUCCCAAUUAACACUACCUCCAAGCUGUGAAGUUGCCCAGGGAAGGCCUUGUGAUCAGCAAGAUGUUUCUCCAGCUCUUACAAGCACUUCAGUCCCCGUUAUAGUCAACCCGGAAGCUUCUAGUACACCUGUGAAAUCUCCUAAAGUUUGUACAGAUGAAAAUGUAGAAAAUGCUUCACUCAGUGCAUCCGUAGAAGUUUCCUGCUCUCCAAUAAAACCAGUUUCCUUGGAAACGAAUCACAGUGAAGAUGAGCAAGACGAAGAUCUGUUUGAAGAGGAAGACGAGAAAGAUGUCAGUACUGUUGAGGAGGAUGUUAACUCUGUCUUGGAACAUUCCAGUGCUCUGCUUCAAGAAGUCCAUAAACUUUCUUUAUCGGUUCAAGAACUGGAGAAAACAUCCAACUCUUUGAAAUUUCUCCGAGAUGAUUUCACUGCUGAUGAACAUUGCCAAGGGACAGAGGGUUUCGAUGUCAGCCACCUUCUGCCAUUACAGUCAGACAAAAAUAACAGAUUACAGCAGUCUAAACUGCUCAGAGACAUUUCUGUACAGAAAGAUGUAGAACUCUUACCAACAUUAAAGCUUUUGUUAGAAAGAUUCACUUCCAGAGAAAUCAGGCAAUUAAAUUAUUCCGAAAUCCUCCAAGCCCAUUCGCUUUUGCAGCAUCUUUUAAAGUCCACCAUGGAAGCUGCCAUUCCAGAUACAUGUAAUCAACAGAAAGACUGAAGCUGAGAACAACUUGAAACACUGAAAUCUUCCUCCUACAUCCUCACCCCUACACUUUCUUUCUCUCUCUUUCUAUUCAAACCAAACAUUUUUAAAGCUGAGUUUACAUCCAUGACUGUAUUAUUUUUUUUUUCAUCAACAAUGAUAAUAAUAAUAAUAUAAUCUACAUUAAACUUCUAAUGUCAUUGUAGAAAGGCAGAAUGUAACAAUUUUCCAGUCUUUCUUGGCUCUAUUUUUAAAAA